AUUUUGGAUCACUCUUUGAUCUGGAACAUGACUUGCCAGAUGAACUGAUCAGCUCCACAGAACUGGGACUCACCAAUGGUGGUGAUAUCAAUCAGCUGCAGACAAGCCUUGGCCUGGCACAAGAUGCUGCCUCUAAGCACAAGCAGCUGUCUGAACUUUUACGGGCUGGUAGCUCCCCAAAUCUCAAUAUGGGGGUUGGUGGCCCUGGUCAGGGCAUGGCCAGUCAAACCCAACAAAAUAGUCCUGGAAUGGGAAUGUUAAACAGCAUGGUAAAAAGCCCCAUGGCACAGGCUGGGUUGACUUCUCCCAAUAUGGCGAUGGGUGCAAGUGGACCAAACCAGGGUCCUUCAGCUCAAUCCACCGCAGGAAUGAUGCCAACAGUAAACAGUCCAGUUAAUCAGCCUGGCAUGGGAAUGAACACAGGGAUGAAUGCUGGCAUGAAUCCUGGGAUGUUGGCAGCAGGCAACGGACAGGGGAUGAUGCAGGGGCAAGUGAUGAACGGUUCAAUUGGAGCAGGCAGAGGGCGACCUAAUAUGCCAUACCCAAACCCAGGAAUGGGUAGUGCUGGUAACUUGUUGGCUGAGACACUGCAACAAGGCUCUCCACAGAUGGGAGGUCAGGCUGGACUGAGAGGGCCACAGCCUGGAGCCAUGAACAAGAUGGGAAUGAUGAGCAAUCCCAGCCCUUACAGCCAGCCAUAUAGUCAGAAUACCGGGCAGCAGAUUGGAGCCAGUGGACUUGGGCCUCAGAUGCAGAAUAAAGCUGGACUGCAGAAUAGCUUACCACAGUUUCCAAUGGACAAGAAGCCAGUUCCUGGGGCAGAUGAAACAUGUCUCCAGAAAAUGUCCCCUCAGCAGGCUCCCCAAGUUCAGCAAGCUGGGAUGGGGCCAGCAGCUUCUCAAGGAAUGGGGUCUGGAGCACCAACAGCAGAUCCAGAAAAACGCAAGCUCAUUCAGCAGCAACUAGUUCUCCUCUUACACGCUCACAAGUGUCAGCGGCGAGAACAGGCCAAUGGGGAGGUGCGACAGUGCAACCUCCCUCAUUGCCGAACCAUGAAGAAUGUCCUGAACCACAUGACACAUUGUCAGGCUGGCAAAUCUUGCCAGGUGGCACAUUGCGCGUCUUCCCGACAAAUCAUCUCGCACUGGAAGAAUUGUACGAGACAUGACUGUCCUGUAUGUUUGCCUCUCAAAAAUGCUGGGGACAAAAGAAAUCAACAAUCUGCAGUAGGACUUGCAAAUACUGGCUCUGUGGGCGUGGGGCAGCAGACAACGCCCAGCAUAAACACUACCAGUCAGAUAGACCCCAGCUCCAUCGAGAGAGCCUACGCAGCCCUUGGACUGACCUAUCAGGGGAACCAGAUGCAGACACAGCCCCAGGCUCAAGUGAAGAAUCAGCAACAAGGACAGUCACCCCAGGGUCUGCGCCCUAUGAAUCCUAUGA